AUGGCUGAUGGCAUAAGUGCGCUAACCGAUGUCACUUGUGUUCCAGAAGUGUCGCCAUUAGACAAUUGCAACAGUACUUCCUCACUAGAAUCAGUUGGGAGGAAGAGAGGGGCAGAUUGGGUGGCGGCGUCUGGGCCAUCAGGGUCCAGAAGGCUGUGGGUGAAGGAGCGGGACCACCCUUGGUGGGACAAAAUGAACAGCCCGGACUGCCCGGAGGAAGUGUUUCGGCACGCGUUCCGCAUGUCGCGGGCCACGUUCGACGCGAUCUGCAAGGAGCUCGAUGCUGUCUCUAACCUGCUGAGCGGGGCCUUGCCCAUUCGCCAGCGCGUCGCUAUCUGCAUCUGGCACCUCGCCACAGGGGAGUCACUCCGGCUUGUGUCGAAGCGCUUCGGUGUCGGGAUCAGCACUUGCCACAAGCUUGUGCUCGAGGUCUGCAACAGCAUCAAGAGUGUGCUAAUGCCCAAGGUCGUGCAAUGGCCUGAGGCACCAGAGGCUUCUGGGAACGGGUCCGCCAAGUUCGAAGCCGUUUCAGGGAUCCCCAACGUGGUUGGUGUCAUGUACACCACCCACAUCCCCAUCAUAGCGCCCAAGGCCAAUGUCGCUGCCUACUUCAACCGCCGUCACACAAAGCGCAACCAGAAGACGUCCUACUCCAUCUCCGUGCAGGGCGUGGUGGACGCAGCCGGUGCCUUCACCGACGUCUGUAUCGGUUGGCCUGGUUCCAUGUCCGAUGCCGAUGUGCUCGAGAGAUCUGCUCUGUGUGCGCAGCGUGGCGCGGCGGGCCGGCUCCAAGGCCAGUGGGUUGUUGGCGGUGCCGGCUACCCCCUCAUGGACUGGCUGCUCGUGCCCUACACAAAACGUAACAUGAUAUGGGCGCAGCACGUGUUCAAUGAGAGAUUGGAUGGCCUAUGUGCAGUGGCGCGGGACGCCUUCCAGCGGCUCAAGACACGCUGGGGAUGCCUUCAGAAGCGCUACGAGGUGAAGCUGCAGGACCUUCCCAUGGUGAUCGGCGCCUGCUGCGUGCUCCACAACAUUUGCGAGCGUGCCAACGAAGCUGUCGAUCCCGAGCUUGCAUUUCAGAUCUUCGACGAUGAUAUGGUGGCCGAGAACCCAGUGCGCUCCAUGGCAGCCAGCAGCGCCCGUGAUGCCAUUGCCCACAACCUACUGCAUCGCAGCAGCCACAAGCAGAACCCCGAAACAAGCUCUGCUUCAAAUCAAGACACAGAAGCACCAAACAGAUAUGCCAUUCCUGAAGAGGUGGAGUAG